AUGUCACCAACAAUGUCAUUCGAGUCAGCUGCAGGUCCGAGCCAUGUCACGGACCGGAUCGAGCCAGCAAAAUUCCAACGCACACUUUGGGGGGAUCACUUCCUCAUGGCCAAUACCACUGAGGGGCAUCCGGCACAAGAGCUGGAAAUUAGGGAACAUGAAGUUCUCAAGGAAGAGGUGAGGAGGAUGGUGACAGCUGAUGAAUUUAAUGGAGCAGUCGACGACGUCAAUGUUCAGGCCAUAACCCAGAAGCUACGUUUAAUAGAUGUAGUUCAACGAUUAGGGCUUGGGUAUCAAUUUGAGACGGAGAUUGAGGAAGCUCUGGAGAAAGUUUAUGUUCAUGGGGGAGAGUCAUUCAUUCAGAAGGAUAUUAACAUUGAUAUGUACCAUGCGGCCCUUUGGUUUCGACUCCUCAGGCAACAAGGGUUUCGUGUUUCCCCUGAUGGGUUCAAAAGGUUCAUGGAUGAUGAAGGGCAGUUCAAAGAAUUAUUGGCCUCGGAUGAGCUAGGAUUACUAAGUUUGUAUGAGGCCGCACAUGUGGCGUUCAAUGGAGAAGACAUAUUGGACGAAGCUAUGGAAUUUGCAACCAAGAAUCUGAAGUCGAUCAUUAAGAAUUACAAGGACUCUUCAUUAUCGAAGAAGCAUGUCGAGUUUUCCCUAAGCCUUCCCGUCUGGAAAUGUGUCCCCAGAACACUUGCAAGGCAUUCAAUCGACGUUUACUCCCAAGACGAGAACGCAUGCCAUGAUCAAACAGUCAUCUUGAGGCUUGCAAAGUUGGAUUUCAACAUGGUGCAGAAAUUCCACAAGCAAGAGCUUCACCAACUGUCAUUGUGGUGGGCGAGUCUUGAAACCACGACUAAAUUCACAUAUGCAAAAGACAGACUUGCGGAGUGCUAUUUUUGGAUCAAUGGUGCUUACUUCGAGCCAAGGUAUCAACUGGCAAGGAUUAUACUUGCCAAGAUCGGAUGCGUAGUGACCCUCUUGGACGACACCUAUGACAACUAUGGGAACUACAAAGAGCUUGAGCUACUUACACAAGCCAUUCAAAGGUUGGAUAUCGGUGGUCUGGAACUCCUUUCCGGCAAGUUGAAGGAGGUGUAUCAGAUCGUCAUUGACCUGUUCGAAGACAUCGAGCAGGAACUCACAAGAAGUGGACUCAGUACUCUUGGUGUUGACUACUCUAAGGGGCAGUUUAAGAAAAUGUGUUGGGCCUUCUUGGCUGAGGUCCGGUGGCGCACGACGGGUCAGGUCCCGGCUCUGGAGGAGUACUUAAUGGAUGCAAAUGUAACGAGCAGCUAUCCUUUUCACUGCACAGCUUCCUUCUUGGGAAUGGAAGCAGAGGAAGUCACCAAAGAGGCCUACGAGUGGUUCGAGCGAAAGAGGAAGCACGCAGCUUCAGCGGUGGAGUGUUAUAUGAAGGAGCAUGACGUCUCCCAAGAGGAUGCGGUUGUUGUGUUGUGGGAAGAGAUUUCAAAAUCUUGGAAAACCAUCAUUAAGGAAUGUGAGAAACCGACUCUAUUUUCUACGGCAGUUACAGAUCGAGUUCUCAACUUUGCUCGCGUGAUCAGUGUGAUGUACGGGAACGGUGAUGCUUUCACUCAUCCCCAUCUUCUCAAGGGUCACAUUGCUUCCUUGUUCGCCAACCCAGUGCCGCUUUGA